GACUUGGAUUCGAUUUUUGAUAAGCAGAAACAACAUAGGGCUUACCAUGCACAACAAAUCGGGCGAUUUUAUCGACGGAACCUUUUCAUAAAAUAUCUCGUGCGAUUUAGAAAAGAUACGGCAAAGAAUUGAUUCGGGUUUUGCAUAUGUAAGUAAUGUAGUGGAAACACUGUUGAUCAUCAAAUAUCAUUAUGCCGAGAAGAAGUGAAUUGUUUACGGAGGAUCCUUUCUAUUUGCCAAGGUAUUGCGGGUACCUACCUCAGUAUAAAUACAGGAUCGGUAAAACUUACGGUCGGCAUUCGGUGGAAAUUCUAACCGACCCCAAUGUUUCAAAAUCCGGGAGGUAUGUGCUCACUCCAACAGAGAGCCAUCCAACGGACAGUAUCGAUGAAAGGAGAAGCCGCUUGAGGUCGCGAGCGGAUAGCUGGGGAAAUCAGAACUUGACGGAGGAAAUGGUUCCUGGUUAUACAGGUUAUAUUCCAAAGAAACAGCAUUACUUCGCCAAUACAUACGGAGAGGUGUGUAGGAGCGCUCUAAGUCAUCAUGAAUCUGAACAAGGUGAUAUAAAGAACAAACAAACCGAGUUGAAGAAAGUACUCGCGAUGCAAACCGGAUCCACCAGACCGAACACCGAGCAUGAUAAAUCGUUGCUUACGUCACGUUACCACACCCCUCUCCCACCCCACCGAGCGGAACCUGACCGUUAUACGUCACAACAGGAGUUCAAACCUUACGGUUCACCGUACUUCAUGGACAAUGGGAACAGAAUGAAGUGGUUUAAAUCGGGAUACACAGGGUUCGUACCACGAAGCCGGGAGUUGAUUUCCUUGGGUUAUCCAGCUCAGAGCAAUAAGGGGCUGUCGUUAUUUACUGACGGGCUGGCAACUCGGGAGAAAAUCAACGCGUCGGCAACGAAAAUCCCACUUAACCCAGUUGUUAAACCAAAGAAGUUGGAUAAAUCAGCGAUCUAUCCAACAGACCGUGGAAUGGUCCCACAUUAUACGGGUUAUAUACCAGGAUAUAAAUACUCCAUUGGUCACACGUAUGGUCAACAUACACACAACACGUUAAAACUUCCACCAACCAACAACAGAAGCUUGACAGUGGCUUAGAGUGAAGUAGUUUAGAAAUGCAGAUAGAAAACUGCUGAGUCAGCGAAAAUUUGGAGCAGAAACGUUUUGUUAAUUAUGAUUUUCGUAACGAACUUUUUAAUUAUUUAAGCUCGUUAAACAAGUUAUUAUUUUCAGCGUAUUUGUUUUUACUUUUUAAACUAUUAGCACUUCUAUACGCCUCCUGAAAAAUCGAUGUUUAAUAAAAUAUUUUUAAUUUAAUGUAAAAA